AUGUCUCAAGAAGCGAAAGAAUCACGACAGGAGGAACUGCCUCGUCCAGAAGAGGAGAGGCCUUGGCAUAAUCAUGAUGAAAUAGAAGAGCAAAUUCCAAAUGAAUUGGAACUGGAAGAAGCCCUUUUUAGGAGUGUUGUCCGAGGUGAUAGGGAUACGGAUCCGAAGCGUGUUCGGGAGCAAGACAGUGGGAGCACUGGGAGGUCUCGUAGGAGGAGGGGACCAGCUACGGAGAGGAGAAGGCAUACUCCUCCUCCAAGGGGUGCAAGGAACAAAUCCCCGCUGCCGUCUAGAAGGAUAAGACACCGAAGCCUUUCCCCAAAAAUUCAGAUGAAGAAAGAUACUGGGGAGGUCUUAUGGAGUGCUCAGAAGAAGGCCGAGCAAAGCCUCAGAAAAAUGACUUCCACACCCUUCGUGCGGGCUCUGCGACUGGAAGAUCCACCAAACAAGUUUUCACCAACCUUUGCAAUUUAUGAUGGAAAAACGGAUCUUGUAGCACAUAUUUCAGCCUACACACAUAAGAUGGCACUUUGGGCAGGUCGAGACGGACUCAUGUGCAAAAUGUUUCCAUCGAGUCUUGGGACAACAGCCAUGAAAUGGUUUCACCAACUUCCAGAGAAUUCAGUUUCGUCUUGGAGGGAGUUGGCCCGGAUCUUCGUAGGAAGAUUCAUAGCAAAUAGUCGAGAUCCAGUGACAUCGGAUGCUCUAUUUGAUUUACAUCUCAGGAGAGGAGAGUCACUCCGGGCUUACGCUGCCAGGUAUUCAGAUACCUAUGCGGAUAUAGAAGAUUGUGAUGAAAGGACCGCAGUGGCUACUUUUCACCUCGGGCUCCCUCGUGAUUAUAAACUGCGAGAAAGUUUGACGAUGGCUCCACCUAAGAAUAUGGCAGCGCUUCAGGAUAGGAUUAAGCAAUACGUCAAACUAGAGGAAGACAAACAAGGGGAUCGGCAGUUUGCUUCUCAAGAAGGAACAAAAAAAGAAAAUAAGAAGUUUGAAAAGAAGAACGUGAAAGAAAAAGACUCGAAGAAGGACCCAAAGCCCACUUCUUACGAGGCGAUCGUAGACAAACCGUAUUUUCGACGGCCAAAUAAGAUGUCAGGGGAUCCGUCCACUCGAAACCAAUCCAAAUGGUGUUCCUAUCAUCGAGACAAAGGUCACAGGAUAGAAGAUUGCGGAGAGUUCAAACGACAUUUGGAAGAAUUGGUUCAACAGGGUCAUCUUAAGGAAUUUAUUGACAAAGAAAAAACCGUUGUCGAAAAGAAGGGAGAACCUCAGUCAAAAGAGCGGGGAGAACCUUCACACUACGUGGUUAAUUUUAUUGAUGCAAUGGUACCGGAUGCACAACUUGGUAAUGCGAUAAGGCCAACGGAGUAUAGGAGGGUCCGACACCAACAAGAGGUAAUGCGGAUGGAUCUUAAUCCCAGUUUGGGAACUAAGAGACCAAGGGAGGCAACUGCAAUCACUUUCACCAAGGAAGAUGCAACAUGA